AUGCUGGGUCGCUCGCUCGCGGUGGCUCCGUCGGCGCCGUCAGUAGAACACUUGGCGCCGUCGCGGUCGCAGUGGGCACUGGCUAUCGCUGGUGUCGCCUAUCUUGUCAUCUCGCUCGGCAUCGGUCUCUGGUACCUCUCGCUCCUCUCGCCAAGUCUCGCCAAUGACCUCUGGUGGGCUGGCUUUACCCCGACGGGGGGCGAAGCCCUUCUUAUCGACCUUGUCAACGCCCAAUUGGCGCUUGUGGCAGCGUCCACCGUAAACAUUUACGCGGCGGAUGCGACGAUGCAAAAACUCUACAACAUGUCGACAGCUGGCACAAGCGUGUCGCCCACGUACGCUCGCCGUGCCAUCUUGGGCGAGCUCACGUCCAUCGAGUACGCCGUGCCGCAGCUCCGGACCGUGUCUGGGUCCUGGUCGAUGCGCAUCAACGUGCAGCACUGCUGGGUCGACUUUAACAAAACGUUCGAGAUGGCCCACACGGACGCCCGCCAGCGCCGCUGCGAACGCUUCUUUGCGACCAACGGGGCCGUGUACAUCGAAGCCAUUUUGCGCAAUGUAAUCUGGACCGACUUUCAGGCGAUUUGGGGCGGCGACGACGCCCCGUUCACGGUCGCCAUUCAGUUGGCUUUGGAAGAGACUGCGAUUGGACAAGCCUUUUUGAACCAAGUGUCGACGGCGCGCGCGUCGACGACGAUCCAAGACGAGAUUCUCUACUGGCAAAACUACAAACUGGAUCGGUUUGAGCUGCAGUGGCAGAACCGGUGGCAAGUCGGUAUCACAGAAACCAUAUUCCUCGAGAAUGCGAUUGGCAUGCGGCAGCUCGUGACGAUCAAGAACCUCCCGCGACUCACAGGUCCGUGGACGUCCCUUCGGCUCUUUUGGAUUCCACUCAACGACCUCUGGAACCUCCACGACAUGAACCGCAGUUUGGUGCGCGGGUCGUCGCGGGAUUUCCGAGCAAAUCUCUCAACGGCGCUGCCUGCUAUGGACCUCGAAGUGUUCAUCGGAGAGACCUCGGUCUCGGGUCAAUUCUUCAACCAAGCCGCGCUCUUCCGGACCACGGUCGGUCCGUUCGAGAGCAUCGACCUUGUCUACAAGUCUCUACCUCAAACAAGUGUCCAAGCCUUCGUGGCGCUGCGCCAACGUCUCGUCGCCGCUCCUGGCGGACACGACCUCUUGACCGCGCUGCCGAGAAUCGCAGUAGAGUUGACGCCUCUCGGAUGGCGGUCGUUUGGCUAUUACGGCGGCGACCCAGCCUGCACGGCGCUACCGCGGACGACCUAUGUGCAGCAGUCGUUCGACUUCUUCUACGAUUGUUCCAAGCCCAAGCCACUUAUGCUUGUGGUUGACCCGCUGCUGCUCGUGCUUGCUCGCGUCGCUACUGCGAGCCAGCCCAUCCAAGACAUUUGCGCCGUGGCCUCCCCAGCGGCAGCUUGUAUUGCUGCCACCACAGCUACGGACCAGCUCUUGGAGUCUUUUGCGCUGGACUGGAAUACCUCGGUCGCAAAUGAGAUUGGGCUAAACAUUGGCUUGAUGCAGUACGCUACUGCAGCCAAUGGCUCGUGGGUCGUCCUCAAACAACCUCUGCUUGAGCCCUCGUUUGCGUUCUUUGGCUACGUCUUUCUCUUUGAUUGGGUCCUCGGCAACCGCGAAGUCGUGUCGUUUCAAGGAGACAAUGGCAAUCUCACCUUGAUCUCAAAUGCCUAUAGUCCACAACUCUACACAACAGGGACGCAGCCGCUGCAGUCUGCGACCCAGAUUCUCUACUACCUUGUGGUCGCCACCUCGGUGAUUCUUGUGGGCGUCGGCGGGAUAGCACUGGUGUAUGCGGCCAAGACCCGACUGCGGUUCAACGGUUUGAACCUCUUCUUCUUCAACCGGAUCGUGGGGGCUGUCUGGAUCGGUCGACCGCUGGCUUUUCUACGAGGCGCGUCGGCCAUCUUGCUGCUGAGCUCGGCCAACGCAUCGCUUGAGACAUCUUCCUCUGGCGCAUCGCGGUUCGUGGCGACGCCUCGGAGCUGGCUCGAAGCCAUUGUCGUGACCGGUGAGGCCACGUGGCUCACGUACGUCGCCAAUGAUGUCUUGGUGCUCGUCACGCAGGACCAGACGCAGUUGUACAGCUCGAUGGCGAGUCUGCUUGUGUGGUUGAUCCUCCUCGUCUUGGACGUGGCAAGUCCAAUUGCGAUCUCUGGGGACCUGCAACGGCACUGCAGCGGCGUUCAGCUGGACUAUGGUCUCGCAUGCACGAGCGGCGUUGUCUCCACGGGCAGUAGCACCCGUGUAGCCACGAUUCUCCUCGUUCAAGGGAGUGCCAUUACCCUCUCAUCCAUGGUUGGCAGCCUGCGCCGCCGGUCGCGACCCGCCAAGGCCAAGGUCGCGGAGGCCUCGCUGCUCGUCAACGGCAUUGCACAGGCGUUUGCACGAACGGCGCUGGGCACAACAGAUACGCAGUACGUCUUGGACCAUGUGGCUUGCGUACUGGCAGGCUUGCUGCCGAUCGACUACAAGGGCGUUAGCUACACCUUUGACGUCAAGCUCUGGCUGCUGCUCAAGGACCACCUCUCCACGACGCAAGCGACCAAGGUCCUUCGACGACCAAAGCUAGUGUACCGCGAGGCGCCGUCUGGACCCUUGUUUGAUGCUCCUCACGCCAACGACGUUCAAACUAACCGCCGACACUCUCAAGCAUGGACGUUUUUGUGCAAACUCAUGGGGCUUAGCUACGUUGCUUCGUCUAUUGUGGGCUCGAUCUCGUACCUCACCGUCUCCGAAGUCAACUUGGCGAAUGAUGUAUAUUGGGCCACCUUCAACACCACUGGCGCGCACGCGUUCAUCGCCAACUGGCUCAACGAACAACUCGUCAUUGGGAAUACCACCAUGAUUGACCUCCCCCUCGACCGACCAAGUAUCAACGCGAUGGCAUCGUUUGCGUCAUCCACUGCCCUCGUGGCGUCACCCGCCAACUACGGCGCCUACCUCCAGCACACGCUACUGAGCUCGAUCGAAGCGACGAUUGAAGGACUGCGACGCUCGAAUGGGUGUGACGCCCCCUGGAUCUUUUCGCCACGUGGACGAUGGCCAACUCGAUCAAGCGCCAAGCGAGGUGCGAUUUUAUGA